AUGGCACCCUGCAGAAAAGAUGGACCAACUAAGAAAACAAUGAAUAGAGGAGCAUGGACCCCAGAGGAAGAUCAAAAGCUAGCUCAUUGCAUUCAAACUCAUGGUGCCAAGAAAUGGAAAACUGUUUCAGCCAAAUCAGGUUUGAAUAGGUGUGGAAAGAGUUGCAGGUUAAGAUGGCUGAACUAUCUUAGACCAAAUAUCAAGAGAGGCAACAUUUCAGAUGAAGAAGAGGAUUUGAUUCUUAGGCUUCACAAACUUCUAGGAAACAGGUGGUCUUUGAUUGCUGGGAGGCUUCCGGGACGAACCGACAAUGAAAUUAAGAACUAUUGGAAUUCUCAUUUGUGCAAAAAAGCUAGUCACAUUGAGGAAAAACCAGAAACUUCCACAACACAAGAAACUAUAGUUCAAGACAAUAUUAUUGGGGAUAGUGUUAUGUUAGAGAAUAAAGAUUCAGUUAGUGGAAGUGUCGAUUCAGAUGCUAUCUUUGAUGUGAAUGAAUUCUUAGACUUUUCCAAUGAUGAAUCAUAUGAGUUUGAUUGGGUGAAUGAACUCUUGGAAUUCGAGCAGAUUCAGUUUCCUUAA